AUGCAGCUACAGAGAAUUAGGCCUCCUCUCUCCCAAGAGUUCCUGUUAGUCCUGGUCAGGGAGGAAGACAUAACUGCACCCCUGCAUCAAGGAGGAAGGCAUAACUGCACCCCAGACUGCCAGGAGGCAGAGGAGACUGGCAACAGUACUCGACAAAAGAAUAAACACUUGAAGGAUAAAUUAGAAGAAUAUAUGGCCCGAUUUUCCAAAGUAAGGAUCGUUCGCACCAAGAAAAGGGAAGGGCUCAUCCGGACCCGACUCUUGGGGGCAUCUAUGGCAAGAGGAGAAGUCUUAACAUUCCUGGACUCCCACUGCGAGGUCAAUGUGAACUGGCUACCCCCACUUCUUAACCAAAUUGCACUAAACCACAAAACCAUCGUGUGCCCCAUGAUCGAUGUCAUUGACCACAAUCACUUUGGAUAUGAGGCACAAGCCGGGGAUGCCAUGCGAGGCGCCUUCGACUGGGAAAUGUACUACAAGAGAAUCCCCAUCCCUCCAGAGCUCCAGAGGGCAGAUCCCAGCGACCCUUUUGAGUCUCCCGUUAUGGCUGGAGGUCUCUUUGCUGUGGAUCGAAAAUGGUUUUGGGAGUUGGGCGGCUAUGAUCCAGGUUUAGAAAUCUGGGGAGGAGAACAGUACGAAAUCUCUUUUAAGGUUUGGAUGUGUGGAGGAGAAAUGUUUGAUGUCCCAUGUUCCAGAGUUGGUCAUAUCUACAGAAAGUACGUCCCUUAUAAAGUUCCAUCUGGGACCAGCCUGGCAAGAAACCUGAAGCGUGUGGCUGAGACCUGGAUGGAUGAAUUUGCUGAGUACAUUUACCAGCGGCGCCCAGAAUACAGGCACCUGUCCACCGGGGACAUCUCCGCCCAGAAGGAGCUGCGCAAACAGCUCAGGUGCAAGGACUUCAAGUGGUUCAUGGCUGCAGUGGCCUGGGAUGUGCCUAAGUACUACCCUCCAGUGGAGCCCCCACCAGCCGCCUGGGGGGAGAUUCGAAAUGUGGCAGCAAAUCUCUGCGUGGACAGCAAGCACGGAGCCACAGGCACAGAGCUGAGGCUGGACAUCUGUGUCAAGGAUGGUUCUGAAAGAACGUGGUCUCAUGAACAGCUCUUUACUUUUGGAUGGAGAGAAGAUAUUCGGCCUGGGGAGCCACUACACACCCGAAAGUUCUGCUUCGAUGCAAUCUCACACAACAGCCCGGUCACUCUCUAUGACUGUCAUGGCAUGAAGGGGAACCAGCUCUGGGGAUACAGAAAGGACAGAACAUUAUUCCAUCCUGUGAGCAGCAGCUGUGUGGAUUGCAACCCUGCAGAGAAGAAGAUUUUCAUGGCCAGAUGUGAUCCUCUAUCUGAGACUCAGCAGUGGAUUUUUGAACAUCUUAAUAUGACUGUUUUAGAAAAAUUUAACCACCAUGCCAGCUCCUAGGAGAAGGAAAGGAGGAAAGAACGAGUGAUUACCUACGGAUUAUAAAAACUAAAUUUUAGCCAGCAUCUGGGUCGAAGGAGUCAGGAAUAACAUUUCCUAGAUCCAGGAAGCCUGGUUUAAAGAUCUGUAAAUGACAUGUCAAAGUAGGUUGUCCUGCAGAAAUUCCUGCAUCUGAAGAACUUGGCCGAGAACCUCACCAGCUGCAUCUGAGAACUUGAGACUAGCAGUGCCCUUGCUGGCCAAGGGCAGAGAUUAUUUAAGGACUUUUCAAAACAACUGCUGAGUUAAUAAAUCCUAGCAUUUCUCAGGUCAAA